CGAAACUGUAAAAUUGGGAGUUGGAAUUUUAAAUCAUAAUCUCUUUCUUCGCUCUGCAAAAUAUUGUUCUAACUGCAACGCAUUUCUUCUUCCACUUCAGACCAAUCUCUCUCUCUCUCUCUCUCUCUCUCACGCACAUCCUGCAACCAUUUUCAUUGCUGCAUAAAAGCCCUCAUCAAUGGCAGAAUAGAGGGAGAACGAACAAGAAGACGGCGGGAAGAAGAUUGGCAACCUUCGAUUUGUAGUAAUGGAGGCAUGCACCGACUCUGUGGUUUCACUUUUGCCUCACAUAUUGCCGGUGCAUCAGUCUGAAGCUGCUGAAAACAAGGCUUCGACCUCAAGAAAGCGUCGGAGAGCUCUGGAAGCCAACGGCGGUGUACAGAGGAAGGGGAGAGAGAAGAGGAAGGAGAUGAGUGAGAGUUUCGAUGUUCUUCAAUCUCUCGUCCCGAAUCUCUCUCCUAAGGCUACGAGGGAGACUAUUGUUUCCGAGACGAUCCAGUUCAUCGAGGAUCUACAGAAGCAGUUGAUGAGGCUGGAAAUGGAGAAGAAACCAUUGGAAUCGGUGACGAUGCUUCCUAGUACGAACUCGGAUUCACCAGGGGGCGGCGUCAUCGUCUCGGUCUCCAGCAACAUCGUGUUGUUUGGGAUUAUUUUUGCUUCUGUUCGACGAGGUAUGGUGACACAGAUUUUAAUGGCGUUUGAAAGACACCAGGCUGAAGUUCUAGCAGCGAAUGUUGCAGUCAGCCAUGGCAAUUUAACUUUAACUGUCACAGCUUCUGUACAUGGUUACGUAGAGAACACCAUAGAGCAGAUUAGAAACGAUAUCCUAAGCUUAAAGAAGUAAUAAACCUCCAUUGUUCACGAGAUUCUUGCCUUCUUAUUUACUACGAGAGGGAUGUUUAAUGCUUCUACAGAACUAGAAUUUGAAAGAAUAUAAUACCAUGGUCAUAUAUCUUUUGGAUUUUGCUUCAAAAUCACGUCAUUGAAUAAUAAUUAACAUCGUGUUCUACAUCUUUUGAUUCUAAAUAUAACUUUCAUCUGGCAAGAAAGCAUCCCUGCUCUCUCUACACUGUUCCUUUUUUGUUCAACAAUUGUAGAGUAAAGAUCGAUCAAUUGAUCUUUACGAUGAUCAUUGGUGCAUUAGUGUCCUAUCUACCGAGCUAGCUCGAAUUGAAUUGAGAAAUUUUUAACAAAGGGGUUGAUAUUUUGCUUGUAUGAAACCAAAUUAUGAAUUUGGUCAUAAAAAUAUGUUGUUGCAAGAGAUUCCACAGACCCACAGGAGGAAGCACUGUCUAAUGGUUAGGAAUCAGCACAGUCAACAGGAGCAAAGGAAACAACUUGAGCUUCAAGGUCAUACCCAACAUGGUAGUUUUGCAGCUGAAAGUUCCCUAAUAUAGAAACUGGAGAUCCAGAGCGCAGAAGGGCAAGGCAGAUAAUUCCAUCAUCCUCUAUCUUCACAAAGGUACUUUCUACAUUAAGAAUUAAUUCUGCACCAUCUAAAUGAACUGUAACAUCUGGAAAUGUCUCCAUAUCAUUUGCAUUUGCUGCAAAACACAACUCGAAUCUGUUUCUAGGGUCCUCUUUUUUCUGCUGUAACUCUGGUAGUGUAUUGAAUUUAGCUAGCAAACGAUCAAAUGCAUCUGUUUCAAGACUUGAGUAUGUUGUUCCUGAAUCUAUGAUCCACCCAUCUCUGACAUCAUAUACAUCAAAAACUCCAUCCAAGUUGGGAUCAUCAGCGCCGACGCUGAUUCCGAGAACCUUCACAUAAUAAGCAUCUGAAUUGGGAUAUAACAGAGGAGUUUGACCCCCAGAAGUCACAGGUAAUGAUCCGAAAUACAUUUUACUUGUUGAGCCUAAAUUGAAAGGAACUAAGCAGUAGGAGAAUUUCUUGAUACCCAAUUGAGAAAUUAGUGACAGGGGUGUUUGG